AUGCUUCAUAUUGCCGCAUCCAGAUGCUUGGGGCUUCGGAUGGGUCCAGCAUGUGUGAAAUGUUCCAGCAGGCUAUCCUAUAGAUACUUCAGUACAGUCAGAAUAGCUUAUCAGGAGCAUGCACAUGGACAUACUCAUAGCCACAGCCAUAUGGCACCGGCCAGCUUCCAUACACACGAGGAUUCUGAAAUCACCCCAGAUGAGGCCUCUCAAAACAUUUACAUGCUGGAAAGGUCGGACUCGGGAAAGUACACGCUGUGGAAUAAAGUGAAAGACUUUUUCAAUCCUCACAAACCCAUCAACCAGAUCCUGGGCCAUUCGCAUUCGCAUUCUGGCUCUUCCUCCCACCACAGUCAUACCCACGCUUCUGCCGCCGAAACUGUAGAAUUAUACGACCCUGCAAAAUUGACUAGCAAGGGAGUGCGAAUCACGUGGAUUGGGUUCUUCGUCAACUCUUCGAUGGCCGUUUCGAAGUUGAUUGGAGGUGUAUAUUUCCACUCUCAGGCUUUACUAGCUGAUUCCAUUCACUCCUUUAGCGACCUAAUUUCCGAUGUUUUGACUCUUUCUACUGUGAGAUUCACCAAUAAGAAGCCUAAUAUCUUGUAUCCGUUGGGUUACGGUAAGGUGGAGACCUUUGGUUCGCUACUGGUGUCCUCUAUCUUACUUUAUGCAGGUCUUCAAAUUGGUUUCGGUUCUUUUUUCAGUAUUAUCGGUCCUAUACUUCCCGCUGGAGCUUCUGAAGUGAUAGAAUAUCUUCCAUUCCACAUCCACAGCCAUGGUGUCGAGGGCCUCGGUGGUAGUGCGGUGGCUGAUAGCUUACAGACGGCUGAUAUCAAUGCUGCGUGGUUGGCAUUGGCCUGUAUAAUUGCAAAAGAAUGGCUUUUCCGGGCUACCAGUAAAGUUGGCGAGGAAAUGAACUCAAAAGUGUUGAUAGCUAAUGCUUGGCACCAUAGGGUGGACUCCUUAACGUCAAUGGUGGCUCUUGUUACUAUUUCGGGUGGUUACUUCCUUAAUGUCUACUGGAUGGACUCUGUGGGAGGAUUAAUUGUCUCUAUGUUGGUGAUGAAAGUUGGUAUUUCCGGCGUUUUCCAGUCUUUUAAAGAACUAAUUGACAAGGCAAUGCCUCGAGAUGAUCAGAGAUAUAUGGAUUUGGAAGAUGCAGUCAACGUUCAGUUGAUGAAACAGGACAGAAACAUCUUGAUCAAGGAAUUGGCUAUUCUUCCUUCUGGUACCAAUAUGAAUGUUGUGUUGAAAUUGGGAGUUAGUGAGUUCAAUGAAAAGUACGAAAGUGCUUUAACGUUGGACAAAAUGGGUAAGGUCGCCGAGGCUUUGAAAGCUGAUAUUACUACCGAUUUCCGUAAUGUGAAGAAUGUCUCUGUGCAAUUCAUCUCUACUAGCGAGAUGAAGGAGUUACCAGAGGAAGAGCAGAUAGAAGACGAUAAGAAGGAGAAGAAGAUGGAGGCGGAGAAGAAGGAUAAGCUAAAUUGA